AUGGAUUUUAAGAGAUGGAUGUAUUGUAAGUCUCAGUAAAUGUUGUUCCUUCACUGAGACAAUGGUCUUAAUUUUUUUAAAUUGUUCUGUUUUAAUACAAAAUAACAGUACAUAAAAUAAUUGCUUUGUUUUGUGCAGCGUUGAACAGAUCUGACAUCAAUCAGAGCAGCAGAUGAUCACAACCUGUUAAUAAGUGUAGACAUUACUUUAGCCAGGAAGAAGAGAGGAUCCGUGGAUGAAGACCUUGAAGAAGUAAUACCAGAUUGAGUGAAGGGUGAAUUAAUCCAUAACUUUGUUCCUAAAUUGCUCUGUUUCAUCAUGAGUUUAAACUGCUUCCAAUGGCCUUCUAAAUCUUCUGGAAACAGUAAAACCACUCUUGAGAAAGGGGGUAAAAACCCACCUGAUGUCACUUUAGAUCAUGUAGCUAAGGAUUUGUUGUUGUAUUUUAAUGAGUUUGAGCAAAUACCUGAGAUUAAAACAAAGAUUGAAAAGAAAUACGAUGUUAAAAAUGAGCAUGGACAUAAUUGCUGGCCAGCUGAUGAUAUCAAACGAGCUUGGGGAAAAACACAAAGAAUGGAUAUGAAAUCAAGCAGAAGAAAACACUGGGCUUGUGUGAUAUUGCUGCAGGUGUUAAAACAAUUCAUUUGUGAUGAGAGUGAACAAAACGCAGCACAGGAGGAAUCCAGUGUUGCACCAGAAAAUCAGUCUAUAACGUCUAGCACAGACAAAGAUCCUGAGGUAAAUUCAAACGAUAGUGAAACCAGUGACUCUGAAUCGGUGAAUGAGAACGAGGAUGAUUCAGUUAACAACUGUGAGCAGCAAACAUUACAUGAAAAGUUUGAGUUGUGUGUAGCAGAUGUGCAUGAUAAAGAGAAUGUAAGCUGUGAAAAUGUUCUUCGGUCAACAAAUAUUAAUCUAGUUCAUGGCAAAGUACCAAGAAUGAAAAGAAACUCAGAAGACAGAUCAUCUCAAAGCAAUGUGCUGAAGAGAGGGAGAGCUGCUCGGGGAGCUAAGCUUUCUAAAAAUAUUAAGGCUGCAAAAGCAUCUCCAGCCGGGAGAAAUGGCAGUGGGAGUUAUCGUGGCGCUCCCAAAGGCCCCUCCAGGACUGAUGACAGUGCAGCAUUAGAAAGUAAAAAAGAUAAAUCCACCACCUGCAUACGUAUCCCAUUCACACAACUGUUUGACAGUGAUUCAAAAAAAAUCUCAAUGCUUUGUGAUGAUGAUGACUCUAACUAUAAAUUAAUAGAUGGAUUACCUUCAAACACUAAAGAAAGUACUGAAACAGAGAUAAGGAAGAGAAAAUCUUAUGUCAUGUCAUUCGACAAAGACAAAAAUAAUGCUACAUGGGUCUAUGAGAUAUUUAACAUUCACACUUUAAAUGUUUUAAAGAAACAAGCAUUUAUUAAGGAUGAGGACACACCAGAAACACACCAUCCAGUUUCAAGCAAUAAAGUACCUGAGAAGAACUAUGAAAGAGGUCAUCUUGCUGCAGCUGCCAAUCACAAGUGGUGUCAAGAAGCCUAUAAGGACACUUUUUAUUUGAGCAACAUCACACCACAGGUGAUGAAAUUAAACAGGGGCUUGUGGAAAUUUCUGGAGAAGGAGUGUCGAAAUAAAAUACUGAUCGAUUCAGUCAAUAAUGUCCAUGUGUACACUGGACCACUUUACCUACCUGAACAAUCAGAAUAUAAGGUGGUAUUUGAUAAAGUAGUACCAACUCACUACUUUAAGGUGAUAAUUGUGGAGAAUAAAAAUGGGACAGUAGAAGAGCCAGAAUGCUAUCUGAUGCCUAAUGAUGAAUCAAAAUACCCAGAAGAAUCAAAAGACAGCGAAGAACAAACUAACGCAAAGGAAAAAUAUGAAAAAAAAAUAGAAGAAUUAAGCAAAUACAAGAAGACCAUUCAAGAAAUUCAGAAAAUAUCUAAACUGAAAUUUACUGUAAACAAACUCAAACUGACAUACUGUAGAAAGAGGGGGACGUGGACAGGAAACCAAGGGAAAAAAACUGUUGCACUAGACAUCAAAAUGAUCAAUUAACCACACUGAAUCAACAUCACUUUUGCACCUGCAAUUAAUGUAGAUAAAUGUUGAAAUUUAAUGCCAUUGAAUCAAUGUUACAAUGUGAUGUUGGCUCAACAUCAUGCUUGCACAACUACAACUGAUUAAAAAAGCCACACAUCCUGAAAUCAGUUGUAGAAAAGAGAAGACAAUAAAUCUCUGAAUAUCCCAGCAGAGGAUUAUUACUAUUAACUUUAUUUCUGUCAGACGUGUACAAAGUUUCUUAGAACAGAGGUUUAGAUAAUGAUGAUUUAUUGAGUUAAAUUCCCUUAUUACAAAAAAAAAAAAAAAAAAAAAAAAAACACAACAAGUUUAACAAGUUAACAGUUUAUUAAAAUCUUGAAUGUAUAGAUGGGUGCACACUUCUCAUAUUCUUUGCUGAUUAACUUUAACUGAGUCCAAGAUUGCUCGAGUCCAUGGAGUGAUGGUCGCAUUCCAUGUGGCACCAGACAAAGGGAGAGGCGGUGCUUCAAUCUCCUAAUUUGUGCUGUGCCAGAGGAAGUUGGACUGUACCAUCAUGUUUUGAGUUAGAGGGGAUCUUUGGUGUUAUGUUAUUUUGUUAUGUCAUUCAAUCUUUUUGUUGGGUUGAGUAUUUUCUUCGAUUAUUUUAGAUGAUUGUAUUAUGUUUGGUAUGAUGGCAUAUAUUCUGUGAUUUUUGUUAUUUUGUUUGAGUUUAUUUGGUAAAGUUAUUAUUUGAUAUUUACAGGGGAGAGUUACUUUACUUUGCUUGUUUAUUUUUUGUUAUUUUAUUUUAUAUACUUUGGAAAUGAUUUUCAACUUCCCUGUUAAGUUUAUUCUUUUUGUUGGAACAAAUAAACCCUGCUCAUUUCACCUACUACCUGUCCAGUUUGUUCUUGGCCACACCACCACAGUUAGUUUUAGGUUAUUGUCCAUGAUGCAGCUUAAGAAAUAACAGUGUUAAGAUUAAUUUGAACAAAAAUGUUUAUACUACUUUAUCAAGCAGACAUCAUGAAUCUCAACAAUGGUGACAAUCAACAGAUUUGGAUAAACAGAUCAACUCUGAAUAUCACAAAACAAGAAAAAAAUAAAAGCAAAAUAAAAACAAGUAAAA